UGCAGUUCUCUCGCACGUUCCCUCUCCGCUAGAGAAUCGCAAACUGAAAGCAGCUUCAGAAUGAGCAGAACGGCAUGCUCCGUCUCCAUUUACCCCAGCUUCAAGACCGAAGCUAAUCUACGCAGCUCCAAACCUUGGCCCCUCACGCUUGAGUUCAAAUCUCCCCUCUCUCUCUCUACUACUACAAGCGAGUGGAGGUGAGGCAUGGCGGAGCUGCCCCUGGUGGGGGGCUUGCUGGACCUGCGUCCCUGCAAGCUCUCCCCGAAGCCCCCACCACCGCCGCCGCUGCCCAUGCCGGCUCGCCGGAGCCCGUCCCGUUCCCAGGCCGCCACCGCGGCCAUACCAUCGCCCCGCCGCGCCGUCCCCGAGCUCCACUCCACCACCCAACUGGCGGACGGGAGCAUCGUGUUCCACUUCGGGCACCCGCCUGCGGAAGAACCAGGGCCGGAGGAGGCCUGUCCUGACCCUGGGCGCGCAGAUGCCUCGGCCUCGCCGCAGCCGCAGCUGGGCGUCGCCGGCGCAAUAUUAUUGGGCGACCCGGCGCCGGUCCACGAGCCAAAUCUGUACAUGGCAGCUGCGGGCAGUGAAAUUUCCCUGGCCUCGUCGGACGCCGGACCGGUGGAGGCGCCCGAGCAGGCCAUCAGUUCGAUUGUCGGUGUUGAGGCAGUCGCAGAAGCAGGGUUGGCUGGCGGAAGGGCGGUUGCCGCGGACGAACCCGGGCCUGCGAAUUGUGGCAAUGAAGUCGAGCUCGGUGUGCGGGCUCGCGGUACCGUGGAGGCGGGCGUGACCGGGCCGGCCAGUUUGGAAGGCAUCGAAGAGGCGGAGGCGGAUGCGGAUGCGGCGGCUUCAUGGGAAGGCUCUACCUGCCAGAAUUUCGACACCGACGUGGAUACGGAGUCUAGCGGCUCCAGCGGCGACGAGCAAGGGGCGACGGAAUUCGGAGUCCCCAUCCCAGCAGCGGGUGAAGUUCGCAACCUUGUGGAUUUGGAAAAAGAAAUUUCAGAAGGGAGGACCUCUGAUGGGAGAGUUCCCGUGGCCAAGUCAUCGCUUGUGUUGAUGUCAGGUGCUGCCAUCUUGCCUCAUCCUUCUAAGGUAGCAACAGGCGGAGAAGAUGCUUAUUUCAUUGCACACAAUGGUUGGUUUGGUGUGGCAGAUGGAGUUGGUCAGUGGUCAUUUGAAGUACUCCACCAUAGCUCGGGCGACUGCCGCUUCCGCCUCCAAUUCCUCUAUCUUGGUGGCGCUCUCUUGCCUCUCCCAAUCCUAUUGCACAGGUUUAUUGGGAUCACAAGCAGAGCCGGCAUGGGCAUGGUGAUUUCCGCUGCGACCGACGGACGACAAGGCGCCAGGAUCCAGCGGCGUUGCCACGUGGAUGGGCUAGGGACUGGUGUUGGCCGUGGGAAGAACCACAAGGCCAGGCUGCCGCCACAGUCCGUCGAGCGCAGUCCCGGUCAUGCCACCGGUGGGGCGCCGUCCCCUCCCGGCUACUCGGGUCGGAGGGGUCGGGGAGAACAGGAGGAGCGGCGCGUUGGCGGAGCAAAGGAAGCAGUGCGAACCUAGGAUUUCAGUGUCUGGGGCGCCACACACUACACAUAAUUUAAUUAUUGUGUAUAACAGACCACCACAAAUACAAUGUAUAAGAUUAAAAUAAAAAUAGUAUACAAAUAGUCGAAUUUUUUGUCCUCGUUGUGUGCGCCAAAAUGAGCAGCGGGGGAUGAGUGGAAAAGUCGUGUGCGCAAAAAACAUACAAAUCUAGGGAGGCCCAUAGACCACACGCAGGAGAAGGGGCCGUGGGGUGUUUUUUACUGGUCUCCCUAUUGUAAGUGCUGGUUUAUGGGUCCUGCCGGAGCAGUUGUUUUACCUCCAGCCCUUAUAAACGGUAUAAGGGCCCUACUGGGGAUGUUCUUAGGAGCGGGAGAGAGGGGGAGGGAGGGACUCAGCCUUGCAACCUAGGGUGCCAAUGAUGACAGCAGCUUGCUUGUCGGCGUCGCUGCAAUCGAUUGGAAGGGCUGGGGUGUGAAGCCCUGAAGCAGAAGCAGAUCCCAAGAGCUGCAGCACCUGCCUGACAGCAUCCAAGUUCUGGACCGUCGGGUGGCAGAAUACCACAACCCUUGCUCACAGCCUCUACCACGAGACAUUAGGCACAUAAUUUCUCUUCUUGAGAUACAGUCUGCAGGAUAUCAAGUUAGGGGGCAAUGCUGUUUAUAUUGGUCUUAUACUCCGGGCAACAUUCAAAAGAGUUGUAUCAUAUAUCUCAGGAUAACUAUAUUUCUGAGCUUGGGUAUCAUAAAUUUACCUAGCAAAUAUAUAUUUGGAUCUUUGUCAAGGUUAGUUGGUUAUUCGUGCGAAAUUCCAGUGCUAAUU